CAGCACAAUAACUUCCGGCGUAUCUACAAAGUAGACGGGAGUGAAGUUACAGAGACGGUGUUGAUGGUGUUGACUCCUGAAUCAUGUUUGAAGCUGUCUUAGAGGAGGUCUCAGUGUUGUCGUCGAUAUACUGCGGAGAAGGAGAGUUCCAGCUCUUGGGGCAGUCUGCUCAGGAUGGACUCCUUGUCAAAAUUAACAGCACCGUGUUAGGAGCGGACAGGGACACGAGUCUGUUGUUCCAUCUGCACCCGCGUUACCCCUCCUGUGCCCCCGACAUCUCUGUCUCCUCCACCGCUCUCUCCAGGACCCAGUGUCAUGACAUAAGACAGAAGCUACUGGACCAAGCUGCUACUUUACCAGCAGAGCCAAUGGUUCACAAGCUCGUAGAGUGGUUACAGCAGUGUGAGGAGGUGAAAGAGGAGCAGAGUACAGGUGAAGAUGGGGUGAAAGAGAGAUGGACUGCAGUGCUGUCGUUGGACCACAUCCGGUCUAGAAGUCGUUACAUGGGGCUCCUGGAGCGCUGGAGCCAGCAGCUACAGCUGACUGUGAUUGUAUUAGUGGGACGGCAUAUACUGGUUAUUCUGCAGGGAACCAAACCCUGCAUCAAGGAGUUUUAUCACCUGUUGAAGACAGUAAAGGUGGACGUGGAUUCUUCAGGGAAAAAAUGCAAGGAGAGGAUGAUGAAGGUUCUCAUUGAAACCCCUUUGUCUUGCUCCUAUGAACAUGGUCUCCAGAGAUUUGAGGUGAAGGACUACAAGAUGUUACCAGGGCUGAGCGCAGCCUUUCAGGAACUCCACAUUACCGAGCUUUACGACCAGAUACUGCCUUUGUUGGGUGACUUGACAGCACACAGGUCACCACAGUGACAAAUCCAGAAUCAACACGCAAAGCCUGAAUGAGGGAUCAGGCAAAGACAGGAAGGCCUCACCCCCUUUUUCCCAAUAUGCAAUUACAGCACAACACUAGCUGUGCUGUAUCAUCACAGCUGACACAAAGGUACUUGAUGUGAAAAACAGGGAAGGUUUCACUAAAUGGACGUCAAGUAAAUUUUCUGUGCUAAACAUCAAUCAUGGGUAAAUAAUUAGAUGAAUGUUACUGAUGCCAUGAAAAAUCGUUUUUGGAGCAGGCAUUAUGACUUGUCAGAGCUCAGGUGUUGGUAACAAAAUCAGCGAUGGCUCUGUUCUGUGAAGUUGUGCCAGAUGACGGUGGCAGUGAUUGAACAUGAACAUCACCAGGACUCCAAAAACUGGAGUAACUAAAGCCAACAAUCAGACCUUCAGACCUUUUAUUACUCUGUGGUGGCAUCUGCUGUCUUCUUUGGAGGAAAUUGCUUGGGCAGCAGCAUCUCGACAGCUGACUGAAGAGACUGGAUAGACUGAUUAGGAGGGCCAGCUCGGUCCUGCGAUACCCACUUGACCCAGUGACAGUGGAUGAUGGCGAAGCCGUCUUCUCUAAUAGUCAACCAGUCCAACUCCCAGUAGGACACCAUCACCGCACUGGGCAGCUCCUUCCGCGACAAACUAAUCCAUCCACAGUUAAAAGGAGAGGUAACACAGGUCGUUCCUGCUACCAGUAAAACUACAUGCACAACCAUUAUGGACUGCACUUAACAUUUCUCAACUGUGCCAUAUUCAGUCUGUCCAAUAUAAACAGUUCAUGUUCAAUCUAUUCACUGUACAUAUUCUCUCACAUAAUAUAUUUGUUUACACUAUAUAUAUUAGUUUAAUUAAUUCCAUUGAUAUUUACUUUUUCUUUGAUAUUUUUGUAGUUAUUACUGCUGAUGUAUUUUUGCUGCUGUAAUAAAACAAAUUUCCCCAUU